ACCAACCAAAUCCACAGAGACAAAAAAAGAAAAAAUGAUAAUAGAUGGCAAAGAUUCCAAGCCCAAGGCACAAUCAAAGUCCCGCCCAUCUUCCCCGCGUCGUUCGCGUACAUCAAAGUUUACGCCACCGUCGGCCUCUUUGGUCGACGGUGAAUUCGCGGUGACGGAGCGAGAAGGGAGCCCUGCAAUCACCGGUCUCUUUGAAGAUCUCCAAAUUUCACAGGAUUCAAGCCCUAAUCCCAGGAGCUUUCCUUACAGCGUCAAACAACAAUGCUGGGAAAAAGCCGAGAAGGUCAAGGGACGAGACCCAACUCGCUGGCGGCGUGACGCUGUUCGUAACAUUGUUUUCAGGAAGCUUGUUGGUUGUCCUGGUUGCUUGUGCCAUGACUAUGACCAUAUCAUCCCUUACUCCAAGGGAGGAAAAAGCACGCUAGAAAACUGUCAGGUUUUACAGGCAACUGUUAAUCGAUCAAAGGGAAACCGGACUGAGUUGUCCAAAGCUGAUCUUAUUCAGAGAAGUUCUUAUUGCCGGGUUUCAGGUCGGGACAUGGAUUUGAUCGAACUUUCAGCUUAUGGCAAUGUUCACCAUGGGGAGGACUCAGGAUAUAUCUAUAUAGAUGUACUAGUGAAAUGAUGAUUGAGGUCAAAGAUGAAAUCCUGAAACAACUGUUUCUUAGUAUUAUGUGAUUAUAACGCCUCUUUGUCUCGGUAUUUGUGAUGAAAUUGUUGAAUGUUAAGAAAAAAAAUUGAGAUUCCAAAGUAAAA